AACUCCUGCAGUCACCAUGAAUCGGUCCUGUAAAAUAGAUUUAGAAUAUCCUACUAGCAAUGAGAGAUACACCACUGUGGGCCUUCCAGUACUAGAUGCCACCGUCUUCAUUGUUGUCGGGUUCGGGGGCCUUUCCAUUAUCGUGGCCCUCAUACAUAAUGCCCUACAUCGCUAUUUCUUCAAGGAUCAACACAGACUGGACACCGUGUUCGAUGCGGGGGGACGGGUGACCACAAGUCUCACGGCCGUGACCGUAGCCUCCCAGGUUCUGUGGCCCGUGGAUCUGGUCCAAACCUCGGUGAUUGCUACAAAGUCUGGACUUGGAACCAUCUACUUCUAUGUGGUUGGUCUGGCUAUGAUCAUUGCUGUGUUUCCAUGCUUAACUCUCAACUUUAAGACAAAGGCCCCAGGUGCUAAAACUUAUCCACAGGUUGUUUGUGCAAGAUACGGAAAGGCUUCUCACAUUUUAUACUGCUGCAUUGCACUAGCCACGAAUCUCAUCACAAUUACGUCCAUGAUAUUGACCGGAAAGUAUAUCCUAGAGGCCGUAAUUCCUGGAAUUUCUACGGAGUUGUCGGUUCUGAUCCUCGUCUUCUUGUUUGGUUCCUAUUGUUAUAUCGGAGGACUGGGGGCGGCUUUCUACAUCUCUUAUUUCAACACCUCCCUAAUGUGCAUUGCUCUGGCCGUAUUUUCUUGGCAAUUUCUUUCUCCGCCCGAUGACCUUCCGGAAGCAGUUAGAAAUGUCACAGAUAUCAAGACGAUAUAUGAAUCAGUUCGUUGCGUGAAAGGACCUUCUUUGAAUGCUGCCGAUUCACUUUUAACUUUUCGCUCCGUUUCCGGUUUUACUUAUGGAGUUGUUGCGUUUUUUAUGGUACUCGCAUUAAAUUGUUGCGAUCAAGCUAUGUGGCAGAGCAGAAUUGCAGCCAAGCCGGAACAAGGAGUAACCGGAUUUCUCAUUGGGUGCUUCUUAUACUUCUCUAUUCCGACUUCGUUGGCUCUACCAACAUUUCUUUCUUAUGUUUCUCUAAGUUAUCAAAAUGGAUCUUACCUCUUGUCGCAGAGCGAUAUGGAUAAUGGUUUCAUAACAAAUAUUGUAAUGGAGAAAGUUUUGGAUACUAGUGGAUCAUAUUUACUUUUAAUGAUCGUCUUCAUGGCGCUGAUGGCCACUGGAUCUGGAGAAGUUAUAGCAGCAUCUUCCAUUAUAAUCUACGAUAUUUAUAAAACUUAUCUAGGACCAUUCAGAAAGGACUGUGGUGCUGGGUGCUGUCCCCUAUGCGGAGUAAUGAAAUUUUCUCUGGGUGAUAAAGAUAGGUCUUACUGUCAAUGCAUUUAUUCAGCAGAGUGCUCGAAAUGUGUUGCUGAUGUCGAAUUGUGCACCUCAGGCCGUCCAGAAUAUCAGCUUCAUUACCAAUGCCCAAUCCAUGGUGAAUAUCGUCAUUAUGAGGACAUGUUAAAGGAGUAUAAAGGCUGGACAAUCAUGUGGAUCUCCUUAGCACUUAUUCCUUAUGGAGCUAUAUCUGGCUUGAUUGCAUCGAUAGCUGCUCUCCUUAUUGUGGCUGAGGUGGUGCAUGAUGCGGGAUUGAGCGAUUUCUUUGUUACAACUUCCUCUGACUACAGUCUGCUCAGGGGCAUGCAUUGCUGGACUUUUAGUUAG